AUGCGAGCACCUUCUCUUGUAGCAUCUCUGCUAUAUCGAACACAAAUUCGUUUUGCAUCAUCAUCGAUUGAUAUUGCUGAUUUUAUUCGAGAAAUGUCUUCGGCAAAAAAACAAAAAACUGAAUCUUCGUCUUCCACACAAAAUAAACCUCGACAUGUGCGAAUGAAAGAACGUGGUCGUGAUCCAGGUUUAACAUCUCGUAUUAAUUUACAAGUUAUUUCGAACGGUUAUGCUGGUACAUGUAAAUCUGUUAUCAUCAAUAAUGAUCAAACAAAUUAUUUAUUUAAUUGUGGCGAAGGUACACAACGUACAUUACAAGAAAAAAAUACCGCUUGGGAAAUAAAAUUCUCGAAAACGAAACACCUAUUUGUGACAAGAAAAUCUUGGGAUACAAUGGGAGGUUUAUUAGGUGUUUGUAUUAGUUUAAAAGAUGCUUACUUAAAUGAAAUCACGUUUCAUGCUCCAUGUGAUGUGAUUAGUCUAUUAAAACAUUGGAAAGGCUUAGAAGCUUUUCCAAAUGUUAAACUUGAACAAAAUGAUUAUGAUAAAGGUGAAUUUAAAGAUGAUUGUUUUAAAAUUAAUGCUAUUCCGCUACGAGCAAAUAGUUUUGUUCCGAAUCUCGAUACCAAACGACAACGGUUGACAACAUCGAAUGAUUUGACACAAAUACAAAAAUUUCCCGAUGAUCUUGUUUAUGCUUAUCUCUGCGAGACAUAUCCAUUUCCUGGGACUCUGUCAGCAGAAUUAUGCGCCUUUCAUGGCGUACCACCAACAGAAUUACGAGCUCGAUUGAAAAAUGGUGAAGAUGUGACAUUACCCGAUGGCCGUCUUAUUCGUUCCAAAGAUGUGACUUUACCCGGUGAACCACCUGUUAAAGUUUUAAUAUUGGAUUGUCCUUCGUUGACUUAUCUUGAUUCGAUUAGUAAAAGUGAAUUAAAUUCUCAUUCAUACCAUGUUAUCGUUCAUCUUGCGCCGAAUUCAAUUUUAAACAAUGAAGCAUAUCGAACAUGGAUGAAAAGCAUAAAUACAACACAUCAUUUAUUACUGGAUGAAACACAAAAAAAUGUUCACAUGGAAGCUAUCUAUCGGUAUCAAACACAAUUGAAUUAUAUCGAUAAUGGAAUAUUUCCUUUACUCAGUUAUCAAAAUAUUUUACAAGAAGAUUUAAAAUUUCCGACACCUGUUGAUAAUAUCAGUUAUGGCUUUACUAGCACUCGUAUACCAAUACGUCCAACUUUGGGACCCGACAAUUCAAAAUUAAUUGUCCUGCAACCACAGAAUUACAUCGAUCUACUACUUGCCAAUGAAGAAUUUCAACAAACAUUUACAGCUGCUAAACAACAAUUGCAAGCUAUGCAUGAAAUUGCUAAAACAGGACAUUCUUAUCCCGAAAUUGUUUUUCUUGGUACUGGUUCGGCUUGUCCCAGCAAACCUCGAAAUACUAGUGGCAUACUAGUUCAUAUAAAUGAUGGAAAUAUAUUUCUUCUCGAAUGUGCCGAAGGAACAAUUGGUCAAAUCCGCCAUUUUUAUGGCGAUCAAUCGGAUGAAAUUCUUUCGCAUAUUCGUUUUACCUAUAUAUCACAUAUGCAUGCGGAUCAUCUCGGUGGUUUAUAUGGUUUGCUUCGACAGCGUCGACGUGCAUUUGAAAAUCUUGGACAUAAAUAUGAAAAGUUAAUCUUGCUUUGUCCAAAUAAAUAUGUUGAUGUUGGCCGAAAACAAUGGAGCUAUUUUUCUAAUGAAUAUUCAUUUGAUGAUGAUGUUCAUGUUGUUUUCAAUCGUACGUUAACGAAUGGUCUACCAACAAUAACACAUGUUGGAGGUGAAAAUACUGAAGAAGAAAUAUUUCGUUUCGAUAGCUUUAAAUCGAUUGGAUUGCAUGGCGUACAAACUGUUCUUGUUGAACAUAUUUAUGAUGCACAUGCAUUAGUUCUUAGACAUAUUGAUGGAUGGUCAUUAGCAUUUAGUGGUGACUGUAAACAAUCAAGUGAUUUCAUUCAAGCAGGUCAAAAUGUUGAUGUUCUCAUUCAUGAAGCAACAUUUGAAACAGGUUUAGAAGUUUAUGCUUCACAAAUGCGUCAUUGUACGAUGGCUCAAGCGAUCGAUGUUGGUCGCCGAAUGAAUGCUAAAUAUACAAUUCUAUGGCACUUUUCACAACGAUAUGCCAAAAUUCCAUUUCUGUCCGAAGCAAAGAAUGAAGAUCAAAGUGAAACAGAUAAAAAACAAGAACAACAACUUGAUAAUGUCUGUAUUUCAUUUGAUUUUAUGCGUUUUCAUCUAUCGGAUUUACCACGAGCAUGUGAACUUGUGCCGAUUUUUGAAAGUAUGUUCUAUGAUGAAUGGUUGAGUAUGAAAAAGAAACAGACAAGACGUGAUCAAGAACCAGAUUAUUUUACUAAGAAUACAAGAAUGAUGGAAUCAAAACGAAAAUUUAUGAGUGGUAAAACAUCAACCUCUAGUAAGAAUGCAACACCAUCGAAAACAACGAACAGUUGUGACAUUGCUUCAUCUCAUCAAUAA